UGUUUUAAAAUGUGUCAUCUUAAUACAUUGGACUAAAAAUAAACACAAAAAUCAACCUAAAUUCUUUACGCAUACUGUUUUAACUAAAUAAUAUUUGGCUUUCAGCUAAGACUCGUUAAGUUAAAGUUAGUGAAAGUUCAAAGUUGUGAAAGUGUGUUGUUUGAUGGUUGCUGGACUUACAAAAUUGAAAGUGAAGAUACGAUUUCUUUACAUGACAAAAGAAAAUGGGAAACGGUUAAUGCAGAACGAAGAAGUGUGUUCAUCAUACAAUUAGAUUUAAUUUUACCAACAAGUCCAAUGUUCAAUGUAUUAAUUUAAUGAGCAGUAAGAAACAACACCAUUUUUGGACAUAAGUCAAUUUUAUAGCUAAAGACAAAGAUGACUGGUUAUGUAGAAGAACUUCAAAAAGAAUCAUUUUGGAAAGAACAUCAAGAUUCGCUGGUAAAGAUCCGCCAGGAUUUGGUCUCAAGAAAAAAAUCUCGUCCAAAAUUUACUCCAGUAGGAGGUAUAAGGAAGCAAACACAGAAAAAGUCAACUCAUCCUCCUUACGGAAAAUACCGUAGAACUCCGUCUCCUUACCUUCCAAAAUUAAGUCCUGAGCCUGCUAAGGCAACUAAAGUUCCUGUAAAUGGUGUUUAUAAAAGCAAAUUUGAAAAGAUUCCUCCCGUUAGGGCAAAAAAUGCUUUUCUGCCCAAAACACCAGAUUAUGACAGCUGGGGUGAAGAAAGCAGCAAUGAUGAUGACUACCUAGAUGACGAUGAUGACGAGGAAGAAAAAAUAGAACCAGUUAGGAAAAAGCACAGGCAUAGGAACUCUGUAUCAAAGAGAUACAAACCUCAGCCUUACAAACCUCAGCCGUAUCCCCCAAACAUGUAUCUCCAUCCGCAAGUUAUAUAUGGAGCACCUUACUCAUUGUACUACCCCCCUCCACCUGCUGGGGCAAGAAAAAAUAAGAAUAAUGCCCAAUUUUCUAAAAGUACCUCACAAAAGUACCCAAGAAAGGUCUCUCGCUCCGGCAUACCUGUGCGGAAAAAGAAAAUGAUCUCACCUGUUCACCAUUCAGUACCUGUGUACCCUGCGGCGUACCCCAUGGUGCCAACAGUCAUGUUCCAGCAGGAUCUGGAGGAAACAGAAGAAACGGAGGAGGAAGAUGAAAAUAUGAAGUUAGCUCUGGCCCAUUGGAAGAACCAUCCUCUGUUUGCCAGUGAUUUCUGCAACUGGUUCAUUGAUGACUGUCUGAAUACAGAUCUGUUGCCUGAUUUUCUCAUUGAUAUUCUUCAUGAAAUUAAAUAUAUGCCUUAUGACCACCCAUUGUUUUUGCCAUCCAUCUACACAUGUGAGGAUAUACUGUCUGACCAUGUGGCUGAAAUGGCUCUUGAAAUUGUCAGGGAAACUGCUUCAGAGUUAGCGAAUGACUACAUUGAUGAGAAGCUCCUACAGGAAGAUCCCCUGGAGAAGUUUCUCUCUGACCUCAUAGAAGAUGCUGUGAGGAUGGGGGCCAGGGACAUCGUCAGGUCCUCUGUCAUAGAGAUAGCGGAGGAUUACGUGCAGACGGAGUUCUCAACGGGCGUCAUAAAUAGUUUACUUCAUGACCAUAUGAUGGAGAUAGGGCCAGAGCUGCUUGAAGAGUUGACUUUUGACAUAAUUGCCGAGGACUUCAUUGACUCUGAGGUCAUCAGUUCAGAGGUGAAAGAAGAAGCUGAAGUUAUCGCAAGAGAAACAAUACAGUACUAUGAUGAUAAAGUCUUGAGGAGGGAAUUCAAAGAAGUCAGCACCCACGCUAGAGAGAAGCUGACGGACACAGUUAUCAUGGAAUAUCUCUUAAAGAUGAUGUCACAGCACGGUCAUCUGUGGGCUGAAACUGACCACCACAACAAAUUUUUAGAUGAUAUGAUCUUCAACACCAGCCUAGCACAGAUUUUCAAUGUCCACAAACAAAGGGAAAAAACUCUGCAGUGCAAGCCUUUACAGAAACUUCAUGAAAAAGUGGUUUCUGAUGUUGCAUUAGAUGUUUUCCUCCAACACUUGACUCUUGCUCUCGAUGAGGACCUGGCAGAUGUAGAUGAAUAUGAAAGAGGAGUUACAGAUAGCACUAGUCACCCAUUUCCUUUAUCUGUCAGGUGACCUCAUAAAAAGUGAAGCGAGCAAGCCAAAUGAAUACCUUUUGCUAAAUACAGAUUCCAACUUACUUU